CAAACAAGCAAUUCAGUUUUGUUUGUAUCGCAGCUUCUUCCUGCGCAGAAAGACAUCCACCACCGCCGGUGUGACCGCGUCAUACAGGAUGGGCGAGGCCAACACCGACGUCGCCGCGCAGGCUUCCGCCGUGCGGGUGCUCGCCGUUUCCCGCGUCGCGCCGUCGGCACUAGGCGAGGGGCAGCACGCGGGGCUGCGCCUGAAGCUGUCCUUCUUCGACUCGCCGUGGGUCAUGCUGCCGCCGAUCCAGCGGGUGUUCCUUUACGAGCUCGUCGAGGACGGCGGCGGCGACCAAGGGUUCCCGGCGGUGGUCGACCGGCUGAAGCGCGCGCUCGCGGACACGCUGGCGCACUACCUUCCCCUGUCGGGUCGGCUCGAGUACGUGGCGGAGACCGGGGACGUCUUCGUGGACUGCUCCGACGCCGGGGUCGCCUUCGUCGAGGCCGAGGCGGACGUCGACGUGCGCCGACUUGCGGGCGAUGAGGAGCACGACAUCCCGGCGUUCCUGGGCCUCGUGCCGGAGCUCGACGCGCGGGUGCUCCCGGCGCCUGUGCUGUGCGUGCAGGCCACUCGUCUCGGCGCCGGCCUGGCGAUCGGCCUGUCCGUGCACCACGCCGUCGCCGACGGACGAGCCGUCUGGCGGUUCAUGGAGGCCUGGGCAUCCGCCUCCCGCGAGGGCUCGCCGGUCACCAAGGCUCUCGGCCCGCCACACUACGGCCGUGAGGCCGUCGCAUACCCCAACGGCGACGAGCUCGGCCGCGAGAUGCUCCGGACCGUCGCACCAAAUCUCCCCACGGUGAGAGGGGAUUACGACUUCAGCCAGCGGUUCCUCCGGGCGCGCCGGACGUUCUACCUCGACACCGAUGACAUCAAAUCGCUGAGGCGGCGCAUUGACGACCUCGCAUCGGCCGAGGCUGCCACCGCUGGAGGCGGCCACGACGCGGCCAGCAGCAAGGCGAAGCCGGUGUCCACGUUCGUGGCGCUGGCGGCGCUGAGCUGGACGGCGUUCGUCCGCUCCAAGGGGCUCGGCGCCGGGGACGACACGUACCUCAUGUUCCUCGCCGACCUGCGCACGCGACUCGACCCGCCCGUCAGCGAGGCCUAUCUCGGCAACUGCGUGCGCGUGUGCAUGGCGAGCUGCGCCGACGCGUCGGACCUCCUCGGCGAGGCGGGAAUCCUCCGCGCGGCGCGGGCGGUGCAGGAAGCGGUGGCGGCGAUGGAGGCAGCGCCGCUGGCCGGGAUGGGCAAGGGGUGGAUCCACACCAUGAUGCGGCUGCCGUUCCACCGGAUGACCAACGUGGCGGCGAGCCCACGGUUCCGGGCCUACGACGUCGCCGAUUUCGGGUUCGGGAAGCCCGCGCGCGUGGAGCUUGUGUCCAUGAACCACGACGGCGAGAUGGUGCUCGUCGGCGGAAGGCACGACGGCGAGGUGCAGGUGUCCGUGUCGAUCGACCCGGCGCACAUGGACACGUUCAAGGCCUGCAUCCUCGGCUAGCUAGCCAACUCGAUGAUGGGGGAGCACGAAUCAUUUAGCUGUGAUGUGAUCCAAUUAUACAAAAGAAAUUUUAGUGCCAAAAUUUAGUAACCAAGUAAAUGCACCAAUUCAGUAGCAUUCUGUAUGAUAAUCGACAGUUACAUCUUGUUUCGUCUACUAUUUGGAUUUGCUGCCCA